CCCCGUCCUAAGCAGCAGAAUUAGCCUCUGGAAUCUUGUGCACUUGUUUCCUUCACUCCCGGGAAGGAGGCGACGGCAUGAAGGGGAAACACAGAGGAAACACAGAGAGACGCGGAGAAGGAUUACAAGCAAUCUGAGAGAAGGUGGAUACAGAGAGAUAAGUAAAGAUGAAGAGGGUGAACAUUAAGAUGCUUGCUGUUUGAUGCAGCUAAACUGUGGGCAUGCGGCUGCCUGCACCGAGUGUUUCCUUCUACACUCUCCAGCUGACUGGUGCACUCAUGUCGCUGAGUGCUACUUUAUUUAUCUCUAAACACUAACGUGAGAAUUUAUUUACUCUAGUCAGAGAGGAGACUGUAUCUAUGUUACUUUAUGCUUGCUGACACACUGACCUCUGGAGUCUCUACUGGACAAAGGAUCACUUCGAGCAUCGUGAGGAACAGAGGCGACCGAUGUGGGGCUCAGGAAGUGUAAACCGACCGGGGCCGGUCCCUGCCUUCCUCAGGAGUCCACCUGUCAUCCCAACCCCACUGGACAUGAAGCCUUUCCUCCAGUUCCCUCUGGAGUCGCCUCACCCGGCCAGCAUUGGCCUCUUCCACAACUUCAAUACGAUGGACCCUGUCCAGAAGGCGGUGAUGACGCACACCUUCGGGCCACCUAUGGUGAAGACAAAGCGGCCCAUCAUCUCCUGCAACGUCUGUCAAAUACGUUUCAACUCAGAGAGCCAGGCAGAAGCCCACUAUAAGGGGAACCGCCAUGCUCGAAGGGUGAAGGGGAUGGAGACAUCCAAGACACCUCGUCUCCAAGAUGGUGACAAGCAGAAUCCUCCCCCUCCUGCCUCACCCUCCCCCCCGGGCCCUUUGCCAUCCAGCCCUGAGCCUGAUCCUAAUCAUAAUAAGCAGGAUGACACUCAAGCCUGUCCCAACUCUAAAGAGCCCCCUUUGACCCCCAGCCGCCUUCCAACACCCACACUGAGCUCCGCCGACGCAGAGUGUGCACUCCUGCCUUCCGUCAGCACGCCUUUGCCGUCCUCUCCCUCCCCCUCUGCAGCCCUCAGUACCCCCCCUGCUGAUCCAGCAGCGGCUGGUCUUCCUGACACCCCAUCUCCAGCACCGAGCAUGUCUUCUGGGGAGUCAGAGGAGGAGAAAGCCAAGAAGCUUCUCUACUGCUCCCUGUGCAAAGUUGCUGUCAAUUCCCUCUCUCAACUGGAGGCACAUAACAAAGGUACCAAACAUAAAACUAUCCUGGAGGCUCGAAGUGGGCUGGGUCCCAUUAAAGCGUAUCCACGCUUGGGUCCUAAACUCAGCCCUGAGCAGGGAGGGGAGCUGUCCUCUGACCCCAACACUCAGGAACGCACCUUCCACUGUGAGAUCUGCAACGUCAGAGUCAACUCUGAGCUGCAGCUGAAACAGCAUAUAUCUAGCCGGAGGCAUCGGGAUGGAGUUGCAGGGAAACCUAAUCCUCUUCUCAGUCGGCACAAGAAGCGCACAGACUUUCUGGAACUUCCAAAAACUCUGGGGGCCGGACUUUUACCAAAUCCUCUGGCUGUUGCUGCAGCAAUGGCAGCGGCGGCAUCCUCAAAUCAGCUGGCAUUACGUCCUCCUGGCCCGACAUCCCACCCUCACCCCCAUCACCACCUCCUACAGGGAACACCCCUCAGCCUGCUGAGGCCAGCCCCUGGCCCCAUCCGCACCACACACGGGCCAAUCCUCUUCACGCCUUACUAGUGGCGAAAGAAUGAGAAUGAAUCAGGAAGAAGCACACUGUGAAUUGGAGGCUGGCGACUAUGUGCUGUCAAGAGCCAAAUCGGCUGGUGUGGCUCCAGCUGGUGUUUCAUUAUAAUUAAAAACAGUGAACAUAAACAUGACUCUUCAUGGUGCAUUGUGUAAAGAUGUUCAUUUCCAUCCUCUCCAGUUUCCCUUCAUCACUCUCGUCACUAUCUGCCAACGAUCAGACUGACUCUGCAGAUACUCUGAAGAGGAACUUGAAGUUUCCAUCAAGCAUGGACUUCUUUGAGCAUCCACAAAUCUGCAACUGACUGAACAUCUUCAUCUAUUAUAUGAUCCACAGCCUCAGACUCAAAACCCUACCUCUCUUAUGUUUUUAAUGCUCAUCUCUGCAAAGACUCAUUACGUAUCCAAAGCAUUAAUGUUAUCAAACAUGGCCGCUGGAGUUAGAUAUUGUAGCUGCCUCUGGAGUUAGCAGGCAUCAUACCAUAGCUGUCACAGUAUAGUGGACUGUACCACUGUAAACUUCUGCUUUUGUGGCCUAUGAAGAAAAAAAGGUACCCACAAUUCCCAUACUAGUCCUGCAGUAUCUGACAAACAUUCAUGUGGAAAGGUUUGUCUGCAUUUUAACAGUCUGUCCAUUUUUACCUCUGCGGGGUGCAAACAGAGUCACAAAGGAACAACAAAUGGUUGGAAAUUACACAACGUCUUACAACUGAAGUCAUGCGCACAUUGAUUGCAUUUAUGGUCUGGCAAAUGUGGAGGUGUUGUGAGGAAAUAAUUUUCUGCUGGUGCACUAUGCAGCUAUUAGAGUUUAUUCUCAUGUUCUGUGUUCUGCAGUAAGGUUGGAGAAAAUAGUAAACAGAUAACAGGAGAGAAACUCGUGCUACGUUAGCUCCUCUCUGUAAGAUAUGAUGCCAUCACUCAAGGUGUUUCCAUGAUCAUCUCUGAAUGACCCCCAAGAGCAACCAUGUGGAUUAAAUUCCCACAAAGCACACAAGUCAAAGUCUGUGGUGAGAAGUCUACAUGUCCUAAAUGUCCUACAUUUAAAAGGAUAGUCUGUGAUUUUUUUUUAAUCCACACACACUGCGCAGAACAGAAUGGUUUCAGUGUCUUAAUGGAAAUUUUCAACACUGUGAGCACAGCAAGACAAUUGAUUUAUGACUUUAGAAGCAGGUAAUUGCAAUACGUGCACAUAAGGAAGACCACAUCUCAUCACAGUCAGAAGGUAACUGGAAACAGUGGGAUGAAAGACACCAGCAUUAUGCUAUCAAAGGAAGAGAAAAGGACCACAUACACAGAUGAGUAGAUGUAUGCAGAAAUAAUAAUUUAAAAAAAAAACUAAACACACAACUUUUGAUAGUAUUCUAGGACUGCGUUGGGAUAAAAAUGUUUAGUUUGUCUGCUCUGCCAUGUGUACUCCAACCCUACAUCACCCACAGUGAAAACUGUCACAAUGGCUAGUAAAACCUUAGAGGGAAGUGUUAGGAAAUGGAAACUGUAGCAAUACUUUAAGCACUCCUACUAACUUUUCUUGUUAACUGCAAUAAAAAGAAAAUGUCUACAAAUGUAUUAAAUGUUAUUUAGGAGAACUGUAUUGAAACGUUGCUGUAAAUGUAGAUUAAAAAAUGAGAAAUUGUU